AUGGCAGAUCCAGAGCAAAGCGUCGCCUCAGAUGCAGAGGGGGAGGAAACCUGGACUGGAGACUUUGAUCCAUUCUCUGAUCCCGAGGAGCGAAGGGUUCUCUUUGCUGCGUUCGACUCUUUCAGGCAAUAUCGGCGGACUGCCCAUCACAACACUACGCAUCGCCGGCGGCAAGCCUUCUACGCCCUGCCCUCAGCACACUGGCACAUGCUCUCUGAGCCGCCAUUCUCCAUCCUCGACACCUUGAACAAGGUCGACGAUGCCAUCGACACCAAUGCUGAGAUCGCAGAUGCAAUCCUGGCCGUAGGGUUGGAGUCCUUUGGGCUCUCCGCUAGCCCAGACAAGCACGACCCUAGCCAGUACUGGCACGGAACAGCCACCGCAUCCGACGUCAACAAGGCGCACUCGACCAUCCGCCAGUUCUACCGCGACUGGAGCGCCGAAGGCCGUGUCGAGCGGGAUGUCUGCUAUGCCCCCGUGCUCGAGGACCUCCACGCCGAGUUCCAGACGCGCCGCGACGCCGGCGAGGAGAUCCGUGUGCUGGUCCCGGGCGCCGGGCUGGGCCGCCUGGUCUUCGAGGUCUGCCUGGCAGGGUAUUCGGCGGAAGGCAACGAGAUUUCGUACCACCAGUUGCUGGCGAGUAGCUGGGUACUGAAUCACACGGCGGGGCCCGCGGCGCACGCGCUGCACCCAUUCGCGCUACAGUUCUCCAACCUACACUCGCGGGCGCAGCAGUUGCGGAGCGUCCUGGUGCCAGACGUGCACCCGGGCACGGCGAUGCACGAGGCGGCGCAGGCGCAGGCGCCGUUCGGCUCGAUGGCGAUGUCGGCGGCGGACUUCGUGGUCCUAUACUCGCAGCCCAGUAACCGUGAGACGUUUGACGCGGUGGCGACCGUGUUCUUCAUCGACACUGCGCCCAAUCUGAUUCGAUAUAUUGAGGCGAUUCACCAUUGUCUCAAGCCCGGAGGCCUGUGGACUAACGUGGGACCGCUACUGUGGCAUUUCGAGGACGGGCACCCCCGCCAUGACAGCAAUGAAGCGCGCCCAGGGCCCACAUCUGGUGAGCACUCGGGCAUUGGUGAGCCGGGCAAUGUGGAGUUGAGUGAGGACGAGGUGAUAUAUCUGAUUGAGCGCAUGGGCUUCCGCCUGGAAGCGCGGGCGGGCGAUCGGCGGCCGUGCGGCUACAUCCAGGACGGUGAGAGUAUGCUUCAAAACUUGUACCAGCCGUCACACUGGGUGGCGCGGAAAGUGGCUCAGUAG